UUUUAGGGUUUCAAGUUCCAGAUCUGUUGUUAUAGUAUCAGAGCCUGGGAAACCCUAGGCGCUGCCAAUGGCACAUGAACCAGAUGCAGCAGCUGCACCUCCACCACCACCACUUACUUACCAGAUGGAAGAUCCUUACUUCCUUCAUGGUUCAGAGAAACCUGGCUCUCUCCUGGUUGCUGAUCGUCUUUCCACUACCAACUACAAUGAUUGGAGCCGCGCAAUGUACAACGCUCUAGCUGCAAAAAACAAACUGGGGUUCAUCAAUGGAACCAUACCAGAAUCACCAGACACAGAUCCAAAGCAUGGUGCUUGGGUCCGCAACAAUGUGAUGAUACUUAGCUGGAUUCAGCAAUCUGUUCAAGGUGAAAUCAGGAAGACAAUCCUCUCCAGCAAGUCUGCUUAUGAAGCUUGGCAUAGUCUACAAACAAGAUAUGGUUCUGGUGACAUCAUCAGGGUUGCAGAAAUCGAAGAAGCUCUUGCUACCCUGAAACAAGGUAACCAAACCAUUACUUAGUAUUAUGGUAGAGUAAUCACACUUAGGGAUGAACUGGAUAACUACCAACCACUUCUCCCCUGUGAUUGUACCCCUACUAGUCACAUUGACUGUCGAGCCAUGAAGAGGGUGCUAGAAUACCAUGACACUAGCUAUGUCAUUAAGUUCCUUAGAGGUCUCAAUGAAAAUUUUUCUGGGGUUCGUUCUCAAGUUCUGUUUGGGGAGGAACUACCAACUAUCAACCGAGUUUUUCAAAGAUUACUUCAGCAUGAGAGACAGCUCUAUGGUACUCAAACUGGCAAAAUGAUAGCCUCAGUCACCACAUAUCCAUCUAUUCUUGCUUUACAAGCACCCAACAGAAGGCCUUUUUCCACUGCCAAGAGACCAUUUUGCACAUUCUGCAAAAAAGAAGGUCACACUGAAGAUGUUUGUUACUCAAAACAUGGCUGGCCACCUGGUUACAUCCCUAGAAAUUAUGUUCCUCAACAGUCAAGGGUGAUUGAGUGCACCUUUUACAAGAAGCAAGGACAUACUAAAGACAAGUGUUUAAAAAAAACAUGGGUUUCCUCCCGAUUAUGUUCCCAGAUCUCAAUCUACACCCACUUAUGGAAGAGGAAGGGGUCAAGUCCAUAUUGCUCCAACUGUCCAUCAAGAAGAUGGAGUGAAGUUGACCAAAUCUGACUAUGAUAAGCUCAUGAGCUUGAUGAACUCACAGAAAUCUCAACCCUCUUACUCAGCUGCUUUUGUCUCCAGCAGAGGUACUAAUUCUUCCUGCCUUCUGUCAAUUCCAGUUAUGAAUGCUAGCCUUCACCAAAAUGACAGAUGGAUCCUAGAUACAGGAGCCUCUGAUCACAUUGUUUGCUCUCUUGACCACUUACACAACUAUAAACCCAUUGAGAAUGUCUACAUUACUUUACCCACUGGUGAGCAUAUUCAGGCCACACAUUCUGGCACCACAUACUUCAAUGACUCACUUACCUUAGAGGAUGUCCUCUACAUUCCUCAUUUUGCUUUCAAUCUGGUCUCUGUCAGCAAAUUAACCACCACAAAUUCACUCUCCUUAACCUUCCACUCUAACCUUUGUCUUAUACAGGAUCUGAUGCAGAGGAAAGUGAAUGGUUCUGCUAGACUACUCAAUGGACUUUACUACCUAGAAGGCUAUAGUAGACCUAAGCACAUUUCAGCAGUUAGUUCUUCAAAUUUUGAUCUCUGGCAUUUUCGUUUGGGCCAUGUCUCCCAUUCAAAAAUCCCUCACCUCAACCUUUUUUGUACCUCCAUUCAAACUCAAAGAGAUCAACCCUGUGAUGUUUGCCACUUUGCAAAGCAAAGAAGGCUUCCUUUUCCUUCCAGUCAAAGUGUAACUUUGUAUGCCUUUGAACUGCUUCAUGUUGAUAUUUGGGGUCCAAACCCUGUUCCUUCUCAUGAUGGUUACAAAUAUUUUCUCACUAUCGUUGAUGACCAUACUCGAAUGACUUGGAUCAUUCUCCUCACUCUAAAAUCAGAAGCCAGACCUAAACUGAUUGCCUUUUGCAAUCAAAUGCAAAGGCAGUUUCAAGUAAACAUUAAAAGAAUUAGAAGUGAUCAAGGGAAGGAAUUCCUAAUGGAUGAUUAUUUUCAGUCUACUGGUAUAAUUCAUGAGAAGUCUUGUGUUGAAACCCCACAACAAAAUAGCAAAGUUGAAAGGAAACAUCAACAUAUUCUCACAGUUGCUAGAGCCCUCUCUUUCCAAGCUUCUAUGCCACCUAGUUUUUGGGGAGACUGUGUCAAACAUGCUGUCUACCUCAUAAAUAGAGUGCCUUCUACCAUUAUGGACAACAAAACUCCAUUUGAACUCCUCUAUCAUAAGCCACCAGACCUAACAGACUUAAAAGUCUUUGGCAGUCUUUGCUUUGCUAGUACUCUAGGAAGUCACAGAACUAAAUUUCAACCUAGAGCUAGAAAAGGAGUCUUUCUUGGCUAUUCCCCUUGAAUCAAAGGAUUCAGAAUCU